UGAGAUAUAUUUGAGAUUUAGGAAACUAUGUAAUUCAAACAUUGCAGAUUACAGUUUUAUGAAACAUAUCCUAGCCAUAUAAACACAGCCAGCAAAGAAUAACUUUUAUUGGGAUGACAUACAUUGCUAAUCCGUUUAUGAUAAGAAACGAAAGCCUUGUAAAGGGACAAUCUUUUCUGCAUAUUUAAAUUAUCGCCCUAGAAAAGUUUGCAUAGUUUACGAGAGUGACUUGAGAGAAAAAAAAAAUGCGUAUAAUUUGCACAGUACGCUACACGGAGCCCGGAGGAAAUAAAAAAAUCAUGCAGCUUGCGAGGCAUUAUGUCGACGAGUGUAAGCACGAAGCAACGGAACAGUUGAAUUUCCUGAAAAAAUUAAAUCAACAGUUUGAGUUCCGCGAGAGACGACCGCUCGUUACUCAUUUAUAUGUAUGCUAAGAACUUUCAAAGCACCUCAAGCGACAGAAUUGUGCUAGAAGUUGCCGGGAGUCGGUGACUUCUAUCCACUGGCCUUCAUCGGAGUAAAGGGCACUCAAGGUCCGUACUCAUGCCAAAACCGCAUUUUAUCAUCUCGAGUAGUGACUUGAAGAAUCAACAAAGAAAAUAGCACCGAGUAUCAUCAUAUAUAUCGCGAUACUCGACACUUAAGCGACAAUUUAUUCGCUCGAGUCUGGGGACUGCUAAAUCCCCAGCGAGCACGUUGCUCAGCAUUGCGGACGCUGUCUCUGCUGGGACUUGGAACGGAACACUCUGGCUGCAGCUGGCCCCCCUGGAUGUUUUGACAUUGAGUGCGUUAGGGUGCCGAGGUGGGGGGCGCGUGGUCUUGCUGCCUGCCGUGCGCCGGCGGCGGCGGGGGUGGGGGUGGUGUUGGUGUCUCGGGGGCCACCCCUGAGACCAAAAAAGGUUCCUUACUGAAACAUCAGCAGUAUCAACAGCCCCACCAGCAGCAAAGAAGCCAACAACACGAGCAUCAACAGCAGCAGAAAGUUCUGCAACAAGAGAAACAAUAUCUUUAUCAACCACCGAAACGUAUUUGUGUGGCUCAGUUUAAAGAACGUGCACCACUUAGUGAUCUCGACGAAGACCUCGAUGAUCUCGACGACGAAGAGAAGGAAUGUGAACUAAGGAUAGGCGAAGAAGAAGAUUACGGUAGGGAGGGCAGUACUCAGCAUCGACUUAGCCCGCGACUACACGACAUCGAGGAGGAGGACGAUGAGGAAGGUCGUCACGUUCGAGAACGACCUUAUCAUCCGAAAAAAUCGCCUACGCCGAGCGGCAGCAGAUCGGGUUGGCGUUCCCGUAGAAGCAUCACGACGGCAGGAGCCCCCGGAGGGCACCAACAACACCACGUGAUUGCUACUGCCGCCGCAACGGCUCAGGCUAGGAUGCAGGCCGAGCAGGGCAGCAUCGGCGAGCUACGUGGGUACCACAAUCUGCGAUCCCGCAGGCACACCUUGGCCAACGUUCGUUUCGACGUGGAAAAUGGCGCCUCGACUUUGGAUGGCGGCGCCGGCGGUGGCGGAGGCGCCUCGCCGAGCGCGGGGCUUGUUCUCCAGACGCUGCCCCAAAGGAGGGAAAGCUUCCUGUACCGGAGUGACAGCGACUUCGAGAUGUCGCCGAAGUCGAUGUCUCGAAACAGCUCCAUCGCCAGCGAGAGGUUCAAAGAGACAGAGCUUCCUGUUGAGCGAGCGAUAUUUACCGAUCAAUACAGCCAUGGCGAGGAUCUCAUCGUUACACCCUUCGCACAGAUUCUUGCUUCUUUACGCUCGGUCAGGAAUAAUUUCUUGUCGCUCACGAAUGUACCGACGAACAAAUCACGAAGAAGUAGUGGCCAACAGGGCAGUAGUACGCCACAGCCACGGAUUUUGGCGCCAGGAGAGGAGCCCUUCAUGAAGCUGGCUGUAGAAACGAUAGAGGAACUAGACUGGUGCUUAGACCAGUUGGAAACUAUUCAGACUCAUCGAUCCGUGUCGGAUAUGGCAUCCCUCAAGUUCAAACGAAUGCUGAACAAGGAGUUGUCGCAUUUCUCGGAAUCGUCCAAGUCUGGGAAUCAGAUCUCGGAAUACAUCUGCAGCACCUUUCUUGACAAGCAGCAGGAGCUGGAUUUGCCGUCUUUGCGAAUCGAGGAUGCGGUCGCCGCAGCGGGUAGCGCCGAUGCACGGGCGGCGAAGAAGAAGGACCGUGCGCAAAGAGGCCCUGCCGCUAUGUCGCACAUUAGCGGUGUAAAACGACCGUUGACACACACUAACAGUUUUACCGGGGAACGUGUGCCGCUCCACGGGGUGGAAACGCCGCACGAGGAUGAGCUCGGCAAGUUACUCUCGGACAUCGACAAGUGGGGUAUCGAUAUCUUCAGGAUAGGCGAGCUUAGCAACAAUCGGCCCCUCACCUGCGUGGCGUACACGGCCUUCCAGAGUCGAGAUCUGCUCAAAUCGCUGGCGAUACCUCCCAAGACCUUUGUUACCUUUAUGAUGACCCUAGAGGAUCAUUAUGUGAAGGAUAAUCCCUUCCACAAUAGUCUCCAUGCAGCCGAUGUGACCCAAUCUACUCACACUCUGCUCAACACACCCGCACUCGAGUCCGUGUUCACGCCAUUGGAAAUCACUGCUGCAUUAUUCGCGGCUUCCAUCCAUGAUGUAGACCAUCCUGGACUCACGAAUCAAUUCCUCAUUAACUCAAGUUCUGAGCUCGCGUUGAUGUACAACGACGAGUCGGUGUUGGAGAAUCAUCACUUGGCUGUCGCGUUUAAGCUUCUGCAGAAUGAGGGCUGUGACAUAUUCGUAAACAUGACGAAGAAGCAACGGCAGACGCUGCGGAAGAUGGUCAUCGAUAUGGUCCUGUCGACAGACAUGUCGAAGCACAUGUCGCUACUAGCCGAUCUGAAAACCAUGGUGGAGACGAAAAAAGUCGCCGGUUCCGGUGUGCUACUGCUCGACAACUACACCGAUCGUAUCCAGGUGCUGGAAAAUUUGGUGCAUUGCGCCGACCUGUCUAAUCCGACGAAACCAUUGACUCUUUAUCGACGAUGGGUGGGCUUGCUAAUGGAGGAGUUCUUUUUGCAAGGCGACCGCGAGCGGGAGCAAAAUAUGGAUAUUAGUCCGAUGUGUGAUCGCCAUAGUGCAACCAUCGAGAAGUCGCAGGUCGGCUUCAUCGAUUACAUUGUACAUCCACUUUGGGAGACCUGGGCAGAUCUGGUGCAUCCAGACGCGCAGGAGAUUCUGGAUACUCUUGAGGAGAAUCGGGACUGGUAUCAUUCAAUGAUACCGCCAUCGCCGCCGUCCGAUGAUCAGCAACAGCCAGGAACGAACGAAAGUCAACAACAACAAGAUAGGAUACAUUUUCAAGUGACAUUGGAGGAGGGUGAUGAGACUAGCGAGACUGUAGAAGGUGGUGGCGAUGAUGGCGGUGGCGGCGAAUUCUCCAGCGAAGAUCCGGGCGGUGAGACGGAGGAGAACGCCACAGAGGCUGGGAUGUGACGGAGGCUCGCUGGUAUUUGCAGGAAGCUCCAUGAGAAGGUACAACAGAGUUGGUGGCGAGUGCGUCAGUGACAUUCGCACCUAGCCGCGCCUAGUCGCCGGUCCUUUUGUAUCGACCUAUGCCACGUCGGCAGGACCACGAAGGAGGACGACGAUUAAGAUGACGGGGACCGUCUCGAUCCAAUGGCAAGAGACAACGUCCCGACGACGACGGAAUUAUUGUUCACGAAGUGCAAAGAGGCUUCAAGAUCGUUAAGUUUCGGCUGGACCGAAACGUAAAUGGACGAAGCUGCACGUCUUUUGUCGUCGUCAUCGUCACCGUCGUCAUCGUCGUCGUUUCAGUUUUGUCUCCACGUUUCGUCUCGUUGAAUACUAUCAACAAGCGGGAGGGGCGAAUCUCUUUUCACAAAGUACCUGCGCAAAUGAAAGCGACAACUGUAUGUUUGCUAUGUCGAGUGGGUGGCAAGAUAUGUUUUUUUUUAUUUACACACGCACACACACUGAGGAUGGUGACGAUUGGCACACGAUAAUUGCCCAUCGUGUACCGAUCGUCAUCUUUUUCUACUGGUUUAACGAUGUUGUGUAAUGCCGUCGAAGGCUGGAGGGAACUCUCUUCCAGGACAUGCAGGAUCCUCAACAACAUAUCAACAAUGUACGAUAUACUAUGGAUUCUAACCGAUGCGUAUUAGCGAUACUUCCGAGCAGAUCGAUGUCUCUGUCUUCUUCUUGGAUUUCGAAGGCCGCGCGGAAAUUGUUGAUGCGUAAGCAACAUUUGAGACUUGUAUUUACUUACGACGGAAGUGUUUAUCAAUUUAUUUCUAAUUCCUAUGUUAGAAUGUAAUGUCAUAAGCUCAAUAAUGUAUUGCAUUUUUAUGAUUUAAUUUUACGAAUAAUUUGAUCAACGUUUUGCCAUUAGUCGAUAUUCAAAAUUAUCCACAUUAUGAAUCAAAUCGAGCAUAAUUUCGUUAUCCGAAAUGCACGUUAUAUUGAAAAGGAAGAGACGACAAAAUUAAAAAAGGAUACUCAGUUGCAGUUAAGCGCGUCCAUCCUUUUAGUUCUUCGACGGUUAUUCGAUAGUCACCUACUUAUAGAGAAAGAGAUACCUGUCUUUAAUCGUAAGAUUUUGUCAUGUUCGCUUUGUAGACGUAGACAAGUUCGUAAGUGAAUUGUUCAUAAUUGAAAAACGAGAAUCCAGAAGUAGCCGCGUGUCUAUAAAGGAAAUGCUAGAGCAAAUACAUAGAGUAUUACCCGUUGUCUGUAUGAUUUAAGCGAAAGAAGUGAGGGAGGAGUCCAUUUCUUUUUCCCAUAUCAUGCAGUUGACGGGAGAGCACCGAGCAGCAGAACGAGGGGCAUCGAGAUAAGGGUACAAUUAAUUUUAAUACACAACAAUGUCAAAAGCUGGUCUUUUAAGUUUGUAUUAAAAUUAAUUACCAGAGCCGCGAGAAGCUUUCUUGCGAUAUAUACAAUACACGCAAAACAUACACACAUACACAACAUACAUACAUACCUAUAGUUGACACAUACUAAAAUUAACAUAAAUUUCAACGUUAUAACUUUGUACUCAGCAAUAUAACUGUUACGUAACACUAUGUGUUAUAUAUUAUAUAUAUUCAUAUUGUUGAGAGUGCGAAAUUAUAACAUUGUUAUGUUACUUUUAAUUUAUGUCGACUGGGUAAUAACACAAAUGCAGUAUGUACAAUUAUAAUGCGAGCGAGGAUAUAUAUCGAUAGAUGUUUUUAACCAAAGAGUAAUAUAAGUGAUUGUUGAGUCGAUUGCUGAGCGUGCCAUUCACCAAUACGUUUUGAUGACGAAUAAUUCAGCGACGGUCCUUGGAAUUUCACGUCGAAUAUGUCAAAAGCAAAAAUGGAUACAUCAUGGAUGUCCAUGAAUCGCUCAAAUUUGCAAGUUUAUUCGACAUUCGCGGCGAUCGAUUCAAACGGAUUUGGAACGCUGGUGAACGCCGAAUGUUUAUCAUUGUUUUUUAAUGUAUAAGUUAUGCUGAUGCAUCAUUAGAAUAAUUUUUGUCUUCUUCUGGACUACGAGUCGCAUAAAAAUCUUUGAAUUUCCGAAAGAGAAAGAGAAAGCGGAGUAGUCAUCCGUAUUGGUGGAAUGGCGACAAUUUCGCGCCUCGAUUAUAUCAGGGAAUUGAAAUGGGACAUGUUAUUAGCGAUCGAUGAGCGAGUGUAUCGAGGAUCAGCCUAAAAACAAAAUUAACGUUUCACUACUAUUCUAAGUCGUAAGCUUGCCAUCGACUGCGCGAAAUAGAAAAUAUUCGAGUCUGAUCGGAAACGUUUAUAAGCGACCGGUAGCUCGGGCUCACGUAAUCGUACAUUUCUUAUAAUCACGUUAAGGGAAAUUAUCUAAAUCGUAAAAAUAGAAAAAAAAACGGAAAAAAAUACUAUGGAAAAAGCAAAAUCUCUAUGUGUGUUGUAGACAAUGAUCUAGUGAAUGUUUUGGUGCUGGUCACCAAGCUUUAGCGCGUAAGAAAAACUCCGAGGUUCAUGAGAGUCCGCGACUAUAUUGUUAAGUCGAGAAGAGGGAGUUAAUUUAACGAAGUUUUUAGGACGUAAGCAACGAGGUUAUAAUAAUAAUAAUAUUAAUAAUUAAAGAUAAUAAUCAUAAUAUUAACAGUAAUAAUAAUGAUAAGCGCGAUAUAAGAAAGAUACUGAUUUAUUAAUGUUAACGAUAACACUCGUUGCGCGAACGAAUGUAAUCGAGAUCAUGUUCGCUUCAGCCGUCGAGGCAAUAUCGUAAGAGAAGGAGGAGCAGGAAGAGAAAGACUAAAAGUGUUAUCGAUUAUGUACCUCUGAAUUGACGCCAAAUUUGAAAUUUGGCGAAAGUAUUCGAUUAGACGGCGAUUUUUUAAUUAUUUAGCACGAGUGCGUUUUUGAUUGUAAUUUUGGCGUAGACGAGCGGAAAUGCACUCGUUCCUUUUUCGUAACAUUUUUUUCUUGUCGCUCGUCUCGAUGGAUCUCGUGAGUGCGUGCGCAGGUACAAAAAUAAAAAAAUAUAAAAAAACGCCACAAAAUACGAUUUUGUCAUACAAAUCUUGAUGGAUUAUUGUGAUUUGUCACGCUUCUAAAGCAUCGUUGUUGGAGCAACAAAAUAUCUUCUCUAAUACAUACAGUUUGUUGCUCGUUAAAAGUGUCCAAAAAAAAUAGAAAAAAAAGAGCCAAAGAAAAAAGUACAAAAAAUUGAUGACUCAAUGAUGAUUUACAAGUGUAACAAAUCGCAGUGAUUCAACAAGAUGUGUAAUAAUACUUAGUAAUAAUAGAUUGGUAAUUAUGAUGAGAUGGGGAGAAAAAAAUAAAAAUACCUGUUUGAUUGCUGGACAGUUAAAUGAAUGUAUUAAUAUCGUGUAAUCGUCGUACGAGAUAUAUGUGUAAUAAAACGUAUUUAUUGUCGGAAA